AUGGAAUAUGACUAUGAAGAGCCAGUUGAGAAGAGAUUUGAAGACCUAUGUCAAGAUUUAUGCAUAGAUGGAAACAUUAGAGAAGAAGCCUGGGAAAAGUACAAAGAUGUCUGGGCAAAUUACUCAAUUGAUGGCGAUCAAAUCCAGUGGCUAGUAUGCUCAUUAUACGAAUGCUGUCGACGCUCCACAUUAGAUGGAAUGUCAGGGAAUGUUGAAAACGCCUACGUUUCAUUGUCACGUUUGCUGUCUACGGCUAAAAUGAGCAUGGUUCAAUUCUUUCAUCGCGUUAGGAAAUGGGCUGACAUGACUGAUAUGGCAGAUGAGAUGAGAGACCGUCUCGAACUACUGGAGCGUCAAUUUUCUGUUUCGUCCGUAGUUUUCCGCAAUUUCGGUCGGUCAUUUGGUGUCCUAUUUUCCGACACGGAUUAUGAAAGUAGUCAAGUGCAUCCUACGGGUUCAGAUUUAUUCCGAUUGACGUGGCUGUUAUUCAUAAAGUCUCGAGCGAGUUUUCCAGCAGUCACAGAUGAUUUGGUCAACUCCUAUCACUUAUUGGCUUGUUGUUUGGACUGGGUAUUAGGAGUAACUAUGAUUUCCAGAAGACGUGAUUUAAUUAAUAUGGAUCAAAAUGGUUUACCCCGGGAUUUUUUAAAUGCUGUCGCUCAAAACAAAACCUGGUGUCCACCUCAUGAUCAACCGACCUGUAUGCUACGUCCAAUAUGUGAAGAUAACGAUGUUAAUUAUGUCGAGUGUAAAACUGUGAAACAGCACUAUUUCCGAAUGUUUACGGCGCGAUUAAUCGAAAAAGAGUUAAUAAAAAUUCAUCCUUCCGUGCUUGGAAGUUUAUUGGAACCGGAAAAUUUCGAAGCAACACUACAAAAUUUAAAUAAUAAUUAUGAAGAAUACAUUAUUGGAACUGGAGAUUUUGAUGAACGUAUUUAUCUGAAUCCGAAUGCAGCUGAAGAGAUUGGAUCAAUUGGAGAAAGUUGUGUACAAUCAGAAUUUCACUUGCCUGCAGGCUUAACACCAUCUGCACGUAGAUAUAUGCUUGAGGUCAGUAAUUCAGGUUUUGGUGGCUUUACUGAAACUACACGACGUGGUAAUACCAAUGCUGGAACUAUUAGUCGUCUUAACGGAGGUGUUAAUUUUAGCAAUCCUGAGGCGAGAAGUCAAAAUCUCAAUCAAUUACAAAUAUUAUUAAAUGGUCGAAAUAAAGAGCCAAGUGAAGCUUUAGUUGAUCUUAUUAAAGCGCAUUGUUCAACGUCACCAUCACCUCUUCCUGUAAUCCGUCAAAGACUUGAAGAUCUGGGUGGACAAUUUCAACGUGCCUAUGCUGGAUUGAAGACUUCAACUAGUAGUAGUGGAGUGACAGUAACACCGACGUCAACAGCAACUAGUUUAGCUGUUUCUGCUGCACAACAACGCCUACAAUUAUGCUAUCCACUUUACUAUCUGGCUUUGGAGCGUAUUUUAAUGGAUGAAAUUCGUAGGAUUGAAAAAAGACUAGACAGUGUCACUCCGUUGUCUAGUUCUUCAAACAGUACUACUACUACUACUACCACUAGUGGAGGUGGUAGCAGUUCAAAUCAAACACGUCGUGUACGUCCUGACCUUGGACCACUGUUAUCACAAGAUACUUUUCAUCGUGCUUUGUUCAUUUGUUGUAUGGAAGUGGUUCUGUUAAGUUGUGAUCCACCAAAUCAUCAUUUCCCUUGGAUUUUACAAGCUUUAAAUUUGGAUUCACUGCAUUUCUUCAAGGUAAUUGAAGUUGUCAUUCGUAAUAUGGACCUGCCACGAGAUGUUGUAAAGUAUAUGAAUCAAGUUGUUGAGCAUAUUUUAGACACAUAUGCCUGGCGAUCUACUUCACCGAUAUGGUCUGUACUUAAGGCAACAGGUCGAGCUCCGUCUAUUGAAGAAGUUAUACCACCUGAAAAACUUGAUCAAGGUUCUAACAAUUUUUACACACGCAAUUCUGUUGUAUCUACUGAUCAAAAAGUUAUAACUCCUAAUCUGAUGUCUAAUAAAGCCUUAAAAUUAUCACCACCAACCUCUGAGACUAAACAACCACGUAUAACAGGGAUUAUUUCUACAAUCCCAAUAAGUCAACAACAGCAACGACAAACUUCUACUAUUCAUCGAUUAUUAUCUUCCGGUGUAGAAGAUGAAUCUGCUCAAGCUGCAGCUCAACUUCUGGCCAGUGGAGCUACUGACAAUACUUCAGACAAUAAUCUAGACCCUAGUCUUCUUGGAACAGCUACUGAUAUUAAUCAGGAUACUACAAGCGUAGAUAUCAAGCAUAUCCCAGAACAACUGGUAGAUGAUUAUAUUGUUAACAAUGCUACAAUCUCUAUAACAACAACAACAAAUACAACAGAUUCAACGCAUAGUACAACAUCUAUUCCAUGGUCAUUGUCUUCUGCUUCUGGUGCUGGCGGUGUUGGUGGCGGCGGUAGUACAACUAGUCUACCCAAUUACUUUCCUACACGUCAUGAUUCCAUUGCUAUAUUCUUUCGACAAUUAUAUCAAGUAGCUAGUUUACGAUUAAGAGAUUUAUGCGAACGUUUAAAUCUUACACGUGAACUUAUGGCAAAAAUUUGGACUUGUGUAGAACAGGUUAUCGUGCAUGAAACUGAACUGCUCAGAGAUCGAUGUUUAGAUCAGAUUAUAAUGUGUUGUUUAUAUGGGAUAUGCAAGAUUGUUCUUUAUCGACCAUUAACAUUUGUUGAUAUAGUUCAUGUUUAUAGAUUACAGCCUCAAUCUUAUCGGGAUGUCUACCGGCGAGUACUCAUAAAUCGUGUAUCUUAUGGUCGAGGAAAUACAGAAGAACGUGGUGAUCUAUCACAAUUUUACAAUGUCAUUUUUUUACAACAAAUGAAAGAGUUUAUUAAAAAAGCUGCAGCUGUACGCUCCACCUAUAACGAAAUGGAUCCUAAUAGUAAUAAUACUAAUACUAGUCAUCAUCAUCAACCCAAUCAAUCAUUCGGUAGUGAUUCACAAUCAAAUGAUGCUAAUUCUGUCCUAAAUCAAUGGACACUUCAUCCAUCCUUAUCACCGAUGCCUGUACAAAUGAAUAUUUUAGCGUCAUCAAAUUCUACAGCAACUGCCAAUCUAAGAGUUGAUGCUGGUGCAGCUACAUCAGGCGAUAUGAUGCAAGCAAGACGUUUAGCCAGUAAUCGUAAUAUCUUUAUCAGUCCAGUAAAACAACAAGUGAAUUUAUCCCCGAAAAAAGUCAUAUUCACUAUUGGUCGUAGUACUGGUAAAGAUUUACAAGAUGUUAACCUGAUGAUUAGUUCAGCUGAACGUCGUGCAUCAAUGGCUAAUUUAACAAUGGGUCUUAAACGUCCACUUGGUAGUAUUGUUGCGACUGGUGUCGGUGGUGGUGGUACACCCACAUCAGCAUUUAUUACAAAUACACCGGCAUUUACUGUCACCUCAGCAACCGGGGCCCCAAGGACAGUAACGCUUGUUGGACCAGGUGGAUUUACAGCGAAACGUAUAAAUUUCAAUCCUGUAUGAAAAAGAAAGGAAAAGUGGCGACGACACAAUUCCAAUUA